AUGAAAUACGUCGUGGUUUCCGGAGGUGUUAUUAGCGGUAUUGGAAAGGGCGUUAUUGCCUCCUCCACUGGUCUUCUGUUCAAGACUAGAGGCUUCAAGGUUUCCGCCAUCAAAAUCGAUCCUUACAUGAACAUCGAUGCCGGUACCAUGAGCCCUCUUGAGCACGGAGAGGUUUUCGUUCUCGACGACGGCGGUGAGGUCGAUCUUGAUCUCGGAAACUACGAGAGAUAUCUGAACGUCACUCUCACCCGCGAGAACAACAUCACCACCGGCAAGAUCUACAGCCAUGUUAUCGAGCGUGAGCGCAAGGGAGACUACCUUGGCAAGACCGUGCAGGUCGUUCCCCACAUCACCAACGCGAUCCAGGACUGGAUCGAGCGCGUUGCGAAGAUUCCUGUCGAUGACAGCGGCGAGGAGCCCGAUAUCUGCAUUGUCGAGCUUGGAGGAACGGUCGGAGACAUUGAGUCCGCGCCCUUUGUCGAGGCUCUUCGUCAGUUCCAGUUCCGCGUCGGACCCGAGAACUUUGCGCUGAUCCACGUCUCGCUGAUCCCGGUCGUGAACGGCGAGCAAAAGACGAAGCCGACGCAGGUCGCUGUGCGUGACUUGCGUGGUCUGGGUCUUAGCGCUGAUAUCGUCGCCUGCCGGUGUACGCACAAGCUCGAGAAGGCUACUACCGACAAGAUCUCGAUGUUUUGCCACGUCGGUCCGGACCAGGUUUUGGUCGUUCACGACUUGAGCUCGAUUUACCACGUUCCCUUGUUGCUGGAUCAACAGAAGAUCGUCGAGCAGCUGUCCAAGAAGCUCAAGCUCGAGAAGAUUUCCGUUAACCCUGCGUUUGUCAACAAGGGUUCCUCGCUCUGGUCUGACUGGAAGCACUUGACCUCGACCCACGACCGCAUGUUUGAGAGCGUGACUAUUGCGCUUGUGGGCAAGUACACCCAUCUCAAGGACAGCUACAUCUCCGUCGUCAAGUCGCUUGAGCACUCUGCUCUGCGCUGCCAGCGCAAGCUGACCAUCAACUGGGUCGAGGCCUCUGAUCUCGAGCCGGACACGUUGACCAGCGACCGCGUCAACUUCCACAAGGCGUGGCACGAGGUCUGCAAGGCCGACGGUAUUCUCGUCCCUGGAGGAUUCGGAUCGCGUGGUACGGAGGGUAUGAUUGCGGCUGCCAAGUGGGCGCGUGAGAACGAUGUGCCGUACUUGGGAAUCUGUCUUGGUCUCCAGAUUGCGGUUAUCGAGUACGCUAGAAACGUUCUCGGAUAUAAAGAUGCCUUCUCUGAGGAACUCGUCGAGGAGCCUACCGAGAACCCGUUGAUUGUUUUCAUGCCGGAGGUCAGCAAGACGCAUCUCGGCGGAACCAUGCGUCUCGGUCUUCGCCCGACCAAGUUCCAAGCCGACACCGAGUGGUCCAAACUCCGCAAGCUGUACGGCGGCGGCGAGGUCGUGCACGAGCGACACCGUCACCGGUACGAGGUGAACCCGAAGUACGUGCCCGAGCUCGAGGAGAAGGGGUUCACGUUUGUGGGCAAGGACGAGCUCGGCGAGCGGAUGGAGAUCUUUGAGCUCAAGGACCAUAGAUGGUUCGUGGGCACGCAGUAUCAUCCCGAGUAUCUGUCGCGCGUGCUUGAUCCGUCAAAGCCGUACCUCGGUUUCCUGGCCGCCAGUUCUGGGAUCUUGGACACGAUGAUCUAG